AUGUCGGACUCCAAGCUAGACCAGAUCGUCAAAGGCACCCCUCCCCCAAACGUCUCGCCAACCCAAGUCGCAGAGUCGGCCAAAGCAAACAGUCCGAGCGAGUCCGUCGUAGCACCUCACCUCCCCACUACCAGCGACCCGCGCGACAGCCUACCCUCCAGCCCGCCGCAGAUCUACCUGAACCUCCUCAUCCUCGAAUCGUCCUUGCGCCUACAGUAUCUCAGCUUGCGCGCAAGGCUCCGGCUACACCUCCUACUGCUUACAGGACUACUAGCAUGGACACUCACGUUCACCUACCUUCUCUUCUUCCGCCCACGAGAGGAUGGAAGCGGAGUCGGCGGGUCGGUCUACUGGGUCCUUGAGACAAUUGAAAAGCUGGGCUGGUGUUCUGGCAUAGUCACAUUAUGUCUCUUCUGGGGCACAGGCAUGUACGAGCGCGGGGUUAGAUGGCCGAGGAAAUUUGUUGGCACAACGAACAGAGGUCUGCGAGGGUUCAAUAUGAAGGUCGUCGUGGUCAAGGGCAGUUUCUUGUCUGAGUUGCUGGGUUGGCUGGGGAUGCUGGAUCCGAGUGGCUGGUUCCAGGAGGAGAGGAUCAACUUCCAGGUACUGCCGAAGGACAUUGAGGCCGGCGGAGCGAAAGAGCACUGGAAUCAUCAUGCUGCAAAACAUGGACUUGUGGAAGAGGACAUUGCGCCUUCUGGGGAUGUCCUGAAGCUACUUCUACUCCCGAAGCCGUUCAGUCCGGACUUUCGAGAAGGCUGGGAGAAUUACAGACUGGAGUAUUGGGAGAAGGAGAAUGCGAGGCGGGCAGAGCUUCGCAAAUUGGUGAAGACUCGACUACGUGAGGUCGCGCGUCAAGAGGGCGGUUGGCUCUGGUGGACCGGCUGGCGAGGCUUUCAGAACUUCCGGCUGUAUCGUGGCAAGACCAGAAGGCAGAUCGAUCUGGAAAAGCUCGCGCUGAAAGAGAAGCCUUCUGCCGAGAAAAUCAAGGAAAGGCGCAGAAAGGAGGGCUUGCUUCGCAAUGAAUCACAUUCUCGCUCAUCAUCGAGAUCUACCACGCCUACUCCAGAGCCGGAUGGACGAGUCCCGAGGCGCCCUGUGGAGGAGAGGGCACGGCGAGGCAGUAGCACGGGUGGUACAAGACGGCUGAAGAAGACGUCUGCUACUAGUCGGCUGUCGGCGACCGAGAGUAUCCUGGGUGAAGACGCUUUGUCCCCGCUGUCGAAGCGGGCGAGUACAGUGGGCUCAUCGUCUGACGACGACAACAUUGUGGUGAAACGAGAAGAAAGUGCUGAGCCAAGGAUAAAGCAGGAGCCAUAG